AUGAUUAUCUACAAGGACAUUAUCUCUGGUGACGAAUUGUUGUCUGAUGCCUACGAUCUAAAGUUGGUCGAUGACGUUAUCUACGAAGCCAACUGUGACAUGGUCAAGGUUGGUGGUGACAAUGUCGACAUUGGUGCUAACCCUUCUGCUGAAGGUGCAGAUGACGAUGUCGAAGAUGGUUCUGAGGUCGUUAACAACGUUGUUCACUCUUUCCGUCUACAACAAACCGCUUUUGACAAGAAAUCUUUCUUGACCUACAUCAAGGGUUACAUGAAGGAAAUCAAGAGCAAGUUGCAAGAAACUGCUCCAGAAGAAAUUCCAAAGUUCGAAAAGGGUGCUCAAACCUACGUCAAGAAGGUCGUUGGUUCUUUCAAGGACUGGGAAUUUUUCACUGGUGAAUCCAUGGACCCAGAUGGAAUGUUGGUUCUUUUGAACUACCGUGAGGACGGUACCACUCCAUUUGUCGCUAUCUGGAAGCAUGGUGUCUCUGAAGAGAAGAUCUAA